UAGCUGUGUAAUUUACUCCGGGUGCACCUAACCAGCCUCACUUCCAUAAGGGCGUUAUUACUUCUGAAAUAACUCCUCGGUACAAAGCUGCCAACUUCAUCUUCAAUACACCCUCCGAUCCCGCCUAGUUUCAGCUUCAUAUUAGCCCUGGAGAUCUUGAAGAUAAGAGAUUUGAUGAAAUCUAGCAAAAAUGGCAUCAACACCCCCUUCAUACACCAAGCAGACCCAUUCGGCUACCUACCCUGCCAUUGAUCCAACUCAGCCCGGCCUCUCAACCGCCGGCAAGGUUGUCGUCAUCACUGGCGCGUCAGGAGGCAUUGGUCGAGCUACGGCCAAAUCCUUCGCCGCGUCGCGUCCACAUGCUCUGGUCCUCCUUGGACGUCGCUCUGAGGCCCUGGCCGAGACCGCACAGCUCGUGAAGUCCAGCCAUGGGGGAUCCGACCUUAUGAUCCAGACUCACGAGGUCGAGCUAUGCGAUGCCCAAAGUGUCCGCGCGGCAGCCAAUAAGGUAGUCGCCGACCUGGGAGGCAUCGACAUCCUGGUUCACGCUGCCGGCGUGCUGGCUCCUGUUGUUCCGUUGCUCGAGGCUGACCCAGCGACAUUCCUUGACGGGUACAAGACAACCAUCGUGGGCACGCUCGCCGUGGCUCAGGCUGUUGUCCUGGCCAAUAACACAAGUUCCGCAGGCAAGGAAGUCACCUUCCUACACCUUACUACGGCUGGCAUCCUCUUCCCUCCUUUCCCCGGCAUGGGCGCCUACGUCAGUAGUAAGAUGGCCGCCCUUAAGCUCUUGCAGUCUUUUGCUACCGAGAACCCUCAAGUACGCCUUCACCACAUACACCCAGGAUUCCUUGACACCGCUAUGUCUACCCAGUUGUCAAAGAGUAUUAAGCUACCAUACGAAUUUGAUGACCUUUCUCUUCCAUCCGACUUCCUUGUCUGGAUCGCUUCCCCCGAGGCAAGCUUCCUUAACGGCAAGCUUGUGUUCUCGGCCUGGGACGUGGAGGAGCUUAAGGCCCGCCAGAAGGAGAUCAUCGGUGGUCCACCUGGAACUGGCGAGCUCUGGCUGGGUUUCCAGGGUUUCCCACGAUUUAUCGCGGGCAACCCUUUGCCGGGUACGCAUUAAAUAGACACACGAUUGAUUGCCUUCAGAGAAACUCGGCCUACGAGGUCUUCAGGAGCCGUAAUAUGAAAGCAUCAGGCGUGCGCAUGUAAAGCCGAUCCAUAAUAUUUAUUCCAAAAUCAUCAGCUAUUUCAAAGUAAAAGUAAAUCCACAUGUGUGAAAAAC